UGUGACGUUUUGAAAAUUCACAUUUGCAGACAUAGCUGUCUGAGGCAAAGCGUUUGGAUUCUUCGUGAUCUCUCAGUCAACAGUGUCUUGUAUGGUUUAAUGUGAUUUAGUUAUUGUUUGACGGAAAUAAUCGUACUUUCGUUUUUAUCAGUUGCUUCAACUGGAUUAACAAAGUCAUUAAGUUGAAAUACUUUAACAUUUUAACCACGUCUGUUGAAAUAGGUUUUCUGAUACACAAUGGCUGCCAAGCAACCUCCAGACCCCAACAAGUCCGUGGAUCUAAAGGCGGCCACCUCGGACGACACAGAGACAGAUGGCCUUAUAAUGACCAGGGCCGCUGCUCUGCAGGCACAAGGAGGAAUGGCGUUUAGAAACGUUCAGCAAGGGUUGCCACCAAUUCAUCCAGCUCAGUUCAAUCCAUACAUUCCCCACCAUGGACAGCAGUACUUUCACCGGGGCGGCAGCGCCAACUUCUUCAACAUCACCAACAGCCACAAUGUCCAGAUUGGUCGCACCAAUGUCAUGAACAUCGGCAUGCCACACAUGUCACGUCAUGAUGAAAGCUCAAGCAGUGAUGAAGACGACCAGGACGCUCUCGAAGAUGAGCGGACUAGAGAGUUGAGAAGGUGUGAGAGAGAGAUCAGUAAUGAAGAGCUGUUGGACAUUGCCCGCCAUGUUGGCCUUGGAUGGAGACGCCUCAUUCGCUUCAUCGGCUUACAGGACUAUGAUGUGGACGAAGUGUACGAAGAACACAGCUCUCGGGGGUUGGAGGAAGUUAUAUACCAGCUCCUCCGGCGCUGGCGGAGCGAGGUGACCAACCCCACUGUAGCUGAGAUGUUGUAUCAUGUACAGCGAUCAGACAUGUACCAUCUUGCCCAGUAUCUGAAGACUGACCUACCGGACUGAUAAACGUGUGUGUCUGUUGGGGGGGAAUUGUUGACAUCUAUGCCCUGUAGAUCCAUGUACCCUGUAAAGGGAUCGGGGAAGUGGCUGGGUAAAUUUUGAAAAAAAUAUGUUUCAGAAAAUACUGUAAAAUAAUCUUUCCUCAGCUUUUACAAAAAACUAAAUUUGGUUGAUAGGCAUUUCUUAGAAGAUGAUGGAUAACUAGGUAGACGCAAUUUAUGAAUACCACCUCUUUUUUGCACUAUUAGGCUAAAUAAAUUCUAGUCUUGGUUCUCAGGCACUGUCCACAUCAUCAUAAAGUUCAUUACACAUUUUGUUUCUGUUUCCAUUUUCAUUUUUUUUUGUGCAUUGUGUUUAAGUAUAUUUUUGAAAAUGGAAAUAAAAACAAAACUUGCUCAGACUUGAUGAUGAUGCGGUUGGUGCCUGAGAACCAAGACUAUUAUUUUUUUUAGCCUUAUAGUGAUAUUUCAGUACAGAUGCUGAUGCCAUUGUUUUGUUGUGUCAACUUUGUCAAAACUAAAUUGUCUCUUAGAAUUGCUGGAAGUCAAGAAGGAUGAAGAAGAAGGAUGAAAUCAUUUGGCUCUUUUUUGAACUGCAGAUAAAAAUAUUAUGUUUUGACCAAAAAAUUGUUCUAUCUAUAACAAAUUUCCCAGGCUUCCCCUAAGAACAUCAAAUAGUUGGUCCCUCGUAAGCAUGGAUUUGUUUUGCCCAAAUCUUGUUCUAACCCGGAAAGAUGUCAGGAUUAAAUAUAUAAAAUUGCAGUGAAAAUGUUCCGAUCUUGUUGUGAAAAGUUGACAAGAACAAUUUUUUGGUUUGUUUCUGACCAAUGUUCCUGUAGUGAGUGAGUAUGGUUUUACGCCGCUUUUAGCAAUAUUCCAGCAAUAUCCUGGCGGGGACACCAGAAACGGGCUUCACACAUUGUACCCGGGUCUUCGGCGUGACGAGCCAACGCUUUAACCACUAGGCUACCCGACCGCCCCACAUGUUCCUGUAUGUUGUUGAUGUGCAACAUGAAAAGCAGGGAAACGAAGACAUACAAUCACAAUACAAAUAAACAUAAUCUAAAAGGAAAACAAAAGAAUAUGACGAAAAAGGAAACCAUGAAACAAAUCCUGAUAGUUAAUUAAUGAUGAAGGCAAAUGUGAAAAUAUGUAAUUAUGACAGAAAUGGAUAGAAUGCAGAGCCCAAAACGCAACCUAACUCGGAAGUACGGCUGCUUUAGAUUUCAAUAAAAUAACUGUGUUUAUGUCGAGUAAAUUAAACAAAAAAGUAGUUGCCAGUGAACACUAUGGCUGUCAGGGUGAAGUAUCUUUAAGAAUUAACAGAAAAUGAGAAUUGUUUUUUUUUACCAUGGUAACAGAUAUGUUAAAAAAUUAUUUUUUUAAAGAAUUUGUUUUUGUUUUUUAAAUGUUAACGGAUAUGUCAAUAGGAAUUUUCAAACAUAGAGCAUUUAUAUUGCAAGUAUUUGUUCCAUGCUUAAAAUUCUCUUCACCCCACCACCCCAACCCACCUCCACCCCCAAUAAUUAAAUACAAUAAAU